ACACAAAAUGUAUAAAAGAAAAAAUUCGAAAAAAAGCCUUUGAGUUAAGUUAUUUAUAUAUAACCGGACAAUUAAAUAAAAAACUGGUGUUCGAGUUGUUAAAAUAUGAAUUGAAAUAUAUGUAUAUAACACACUUUAAAUUGUAAUAAAAAAAGUAUACUUUACUUUUUACUUUCAUUUCUCCAUUUUUUUUGCAAUUUGUUUUUCUUUAAAAUACAUCAUUUAGUUUUAUUGAACAAACAAUAAAUUUUUUAUAAUUUUAAUAGGAAAUAUAGUAGUUCUUGAGUACAAUUUUGUAUACAUUAAAAAAUUGAAAAAUUUUUUUCUCAAUUUGGCAAGAAAAUGACGUCGCUUGAUACUCAACAAAAUAAAACUUGGGAGCUGUCACUUUAUGAAAUUCAAAGGAAGCCACAGGAGGUGAUAACGGAUAAUACAGAAAUAGCGGUAUCUCCUCGCAGUCUUCAUAGUGAGCUAAUGUGUCCGAUUUGUCUGGAUAUGCUGAAGAAAACAAUGACAACCAAAGAAUGUUUGCAUAGAUUUUGUUCAGAUUGUAUAAUUACUGCACUCAGGUCUGGCAACAAAGAAUGUCCAACUUGUAGAAAAAAACUAGUUUCCAAACGCUCCUUAAGGCCAGAUCCUAAUUUUGAUCUUCUCAUUUCUAAAAUAUAUCCAAGUCGAGAAGAAUAUGAAGCAAUUCAGGAGAGAGUGUUGGCGAAAUUCAACCAAACGCAAUCGCAACAAGCACUUGUACAUUCAAUAAACGAAGGAAUAAAAUUACAAUCACAAAAUCGCCCUCAAAGGUAUAAUCGAAAAGGUGGUGGGGGUGGGGGUGGAAACGACACUGAUAGCCAUAACUCACAUCAUAGUAAUGCUAGUUCCACUUCUGCUCAAAAUAAUGGUGAUGGAGGAGCUUCUGAUUGCCGACAUCCUUCCAAUCCACCAUCUGUAAGAAGUACUCCAUCGCCUGUGCCUUCGAAUAGUAGUAGUAGUAAACCAAAGCGUGGUAUGUCAGUCUUUACAUCUGAAAGAUCUGAAGAAUCCGAAAGCGAUAGUCAAAUGGAUUGCAGUCGUACCGAAGGAGAUUCCAUGGAUACGGAAAACGAAGCAAAUUCCGAAUUGGGAAUAAAUGACGAUAUUGAAAUGGUAUUUAAGCCCCAUCCAACCGAAAUGGCAAGCGAAAAUCAACUAAUGGAAGCUCUUAAAGAGAAUUCUGUUCGAUAUAUUAAAACAACAGCAAAUGCAACAGUGGAUCAUUUAAGCAAAUAUUUGGCCAUGAGAUUAUCGUUGGAUUUAGAUAGUGAACUUCCAGAAGCUUAUAGACUUCUUAAUUUUUGCAUAUAUGUUGCACCUCAACCAAAUCAAUUGGUUAUUUUAAGUGGAAAUCAAACACUGCAGCAAGUGAAUGAAAAAUUUUGGAAGGUAAACAAGCCAAUGGAAAUGUAUUAUUCUUGGAAAAAAUCCUAGGGAAAAUUUGGUCACACUCACUAAAUUCAGAGUGUGCGGAAAUUGAAUAUUUUUUCAUCGAAAAGCUGUAUUAAUUUUGAAAUGAAGUUAUAGUACAUGCUUACUUCAACAUACCAUUUUAAUAAAUAACGUGCUUAAUUAAUACUGUAUUCUUUCCACACAUUUCUAUAUCAAAAUUGAAAAUUCGGUUUUGUUGGUAUCAACCAAAAUUGACAUAAAUUAUUUGAUAAACUAGUUUAAGCUAGGCUUUAAGUAUCUCAUCUAAAUUAAACUG